AUGGAGAAGAUCAAGGAGCGCCUCCAAACCCUCCGCACCGAAGUCGACAACGCGGUCGCGCGCGCCGAGGAGGCUGAGGCGAAGAACAAGCGGCUCGAGCAGAUGCUCCUGGAGAAGGACCAGGAUAUUACCUCUCUCCAACACAAGGUAUCUGUUGCCGAAACCGAUCUCGAGAAGGCAGAGUCCAAGCUCGCCGAUCUCAAACACGCUCAAGAGGACGGCGAGACGAGCAAGACCGCUAACGAAGGUCUUCAGAGGAAGAUCCAGCUUCUGGAGGAGGAGCUCGAUGCCGCAGACAAGAACUUGAAGGAGGCAAUGGACAAGCUGCGGCAAGUGGACGUCAAGGCGGAGCACUACGAGCGGCAGGUUACGCGUCUUGAGGGCGAGCGUGAUGCAUGGGAGAAGAAGUACGAGGAAGCACAGGCGAAGUACCAGGACUCCAAGCGCGAGCUCGACGAGCUCGUCGCGACUAUGGAGGGUCUCUAA